GCGUUAUAGGAAAAAGGCCGCCGUGGCCGCUCUUAGGUUCCUCUCUGCUUAUAGCGUUUUUUACUGAGAAAAUUAGUGCGCACUAAGUGUGCACUCGCCGCUGGCAAUUGGACGUUUCAGUUCGCGUGACGACGGUGCCAACGGAAACGCCCAAUUAUCUGCAGCAAAUGUACACGUGCGCACUAAUUUUCCCAAUGAAAAACGCUAUUAUUAUAAACCUAACCUAACUUGAACUAUUUAACGCGAGCGCGAAUGGUUAUGUCAAUUUCGAAUGGCGCAGGUGAUACAACGUGGUACUUUGUCUUCUUGGGAGACGGAUAUCUAAAGGCUUAAAGUGAAGAAGGUGAUACGAUAGUUCUUCUCGUUACUUGUGGGAAUUAAUUUGCCGUAUCGACACCAUCGUGACGUGUCUUUGUUGAUAAAAUGAGCAAACGUUUGAAGCUAGCUGGUCUCUCUGCAUCUGCAUCAAGGACUUUACGUUCGAAUAAAACUUUAGCUGACGCAGACUCUUCAGAGAAAACGUCGCCCUAUUUUGCCAACGAGAAGAGAUCGGCGAGAACCGGCGCCAAAAAACGUGCAUCAGUUAAGAUCAAGCAUGAAGCGACAGAUGAGACAAACGUCAAAGAUACGAAUAUGACGCCAGUCGUAGUAAAAAGCGAAGGCAUGGAAGUGUCGACAGACGUAAAAGAAGUCAAAGUCGAAGAACUUGAGAUAAAAAAUGAAAAUGUGGAACAAUCGACAGAUCUGAAAAACGACAAGGACGAGAAGCAAUGGAUGCCGCGAAACUGGGAGACCAUUCUUGAAAACAUUAAAGAGAUGAGAAAGCAUGAAACAGCUCCAGUUGACACGAUGGGCUGCCACAAGUGCACGGACCCUAACGCCAGUCCUAUAGUGUCCAGAUAUCAGUCGUUAGUGGCUCUGAUGCUGAGUAGCCAAACAAAGGAUCAGGUCACACACGCCGCUAUGCAGCGACUGAACAUUUAUGGUUGUAAACCAGAUAUAUUGGCAGCUACCCCAGAUGAUGUUCUGGGCAAACUUAUAUACCCAGUUGGAUUUUGGAAAAAGAAGGUAGAAUAUAUAAAAAGGACAUCAGUAAUCCUCCUAGAUAAAUAUGGUGGGGACAUACCAAAAACAGUAAAGGAAUUGUGUGAAUUGCCAGGUGUAGGUCCCAAAAUGGCUCACUUAUGUAUGCGUGUUGCUUGGGGAGAGGUAUCUGGCAUCGGCGUAGAUACGCAUGUUCAUAGAAUUUGCAACAGAUUAAGAUGGACAAAAAAGCCAACUAAAACACCAGAGGAAACGAGAAACGAGCUGGAGGAUUGGCUUCCCAAACCUUUAUGGAGCGAAGUAAAUCAUCUCCUUGUGGGCUUUGGUCAAGAAACUUGUCUACCUCGAUUUCCUAAAUGCACAGAAUGUCUCAACAAGAACAUUUGUCCAUAUGCCUCAAAAAGCGGUGGAAAAAUGAAGUGAUAAACGCCCACUUUUAUAUAAAUAUUAAUCAAGCAUUACGAUACACAAACCUUGGGCUCGCAAUAUUGCGGACUUUCCUCGGCCGGCUGUACCCGAUCCCUUGCCGCCCGGUCGCUUGAACAUGGGUGCGUUCUUCAGCAUGUCCGGUAAUAUGAGGAACCUGAUUUUUGAGCCGCGGAUGUACACAUUCUCCAACUGUGCCACCCGGCCAUCCCGGUAC